AUGGAGCUCGCAUAUGAGAUCCGUGCCUGCCUGCAGGUGGGAAGCAGCUGGCAGGACUUGUGCCCAUUUCACGAUCUCCUCUGCCUGUGCCCCAAGUCUCCCCAGCUGCUGCCCUGGCAGAGCGAUGCCACCGUGCCCCAGGAGAAGGAGAACCUGGUGACCACGCCAGUGAUGAGGAAGGAGGAGGCAAAGCUGCGUCCGGGGAAGCGCAGCCACUGCCGGCAUCUGUCCCGCUCGCCCUCGGAGCCGGGCAGUGUCCCCAGGCCCGUCCUGAAGCGGGGACAGCUCUCGGACAGCGACAGCCCUGUCGAGGCCAAGCGGCAGAGGAGGGUGGCCGGCAGCCCUGGCCAGGAGGCGUCGGUGGAGCCGGGAGCGUGGCUGGAGCCUUCCCGGUCCGCCCGGCUUGAGGAGAUCGAGAACCUGCUGGCCAACGAUGACCAGGAGCUCAUCGGGGACUUCUCCAAGCCUCACCUCCUGCCGACGGUGAAGGGCAAGGACCCGGGCCUGAAGUACAUCUCCCCUGAGAUGCUGGCGGCGGUGCUGACGGGGCACUUCAGCAGCUGCAUCGAGAGCAGCAUCAUCGCGGACUGCCGCUAUCCCUACGAGUACGAGGGCGGCCACGUCAAGGGCACUGUCAACCUGCCGCUGCAGCGGGACGUGGAGGAAUUGCUGCUGGAGCAGCCCAUCGUGUCCCUGGACGCCAGCAAGAGGGUGAUCGUCAUCUUCCACUGCGAGUUCUCUGUUGAGCGGGGGCCCAAAAUGUGCAAGUUCCUGCGGGAGGGGGAUCCAUGCUGCCACGAGUACCCCCAGCUGCACUACCCCGAGCUGUACGUGCUGAAGGGCGGCUACCGGCAGUUCUUCUUUCAGUUCCCGAGCCACUGCGAGCCCCGGGACUAUCGGCCCAUGCGGCACGCCGCGUUCAAGGAGGAGCUGCGCAAGUUCCGCGGGCAGAGGCGGCUCCGCGAGCGCGGCCGGCGGGCGCUCUUCAGCUGCGGGCGGGACCUGUGAGCGCCCGGGUG